AUGGGUGUAUACGAAGAGUCAAAAGAACGUUUGGUUGGUCUUCAGAAAAAAGUACAACGCGUGUAUGACGCCGGUGAAGCACUUACAAAAGACCAAUCGAAGACAGCGAGAUCAAAAUUCAAAAUCAUGCAUGCGUCGUUAGAAAGCAUAUCUAACGAUUUUGAAACGCAUCUUACAGUCGUUAUACGUCAGCAGUGUAAAGGCGGCGCAAGCGGACCAGACGGAAUAGACACAGAAAAAGAACGUGCUGAAUUUGAAGAAAAAUAUAUUGGUUGUAAAAUCUUCGCAGAUGAGCAUUUACCAGAGUCAAUUGCCGAGGCUAGUUUGAACCAAACGUUUAUGGAGAAAAAAGUUCCUCAGAUCAAUAUUCCAGUAGAAAAAUUGCCAGUACCUCACUUCAAUGGCGACCAAAAAGAAUAUACGAGUUUCCGCAACCAGUUCGAUGUACUAGUACAUAAUAAUGAAGUUUUUAGACCGGUCAUUAAGUUUAGUUAUUUAAAGGCGUACUUAGAAGGUGAACCGUUAAAACUUAUAAACAAUCUAAUGCUCAGUGAUGAGAAUUACGAACUCGCAUUGAAUAUUUUAGACAAGCGGUACUCAAAUAGGCGCACAAUAGCACACGACCACUUCGACCAGCUUUGGACAGCUCAAAAGGCCAUGCUAGGUGACUCAAAAUCAAUACGACAAUUAUUGAACACCAUUACCGAAUCAGUCGGAGCAUUAAAAACCCAGAAAGGUCAAUGGGAACUAUUAGUCGAUACCAACGACGAUCCAACCGUCGAGGACUUCGUAACAUUUUUGACCAAGUUUUGUAAAGCGGCAGGUGCUGGCCAGUCCAGUGCAAGUGGACGUGAAAAAGCAUCAACUACAAAACCUGACAAAAUCACAACACUGCAUACUACACAAUCGAAGUUCAAAAAACCUAAACCCACGCACGCUAAUGCAAAUGAACAAAAAAAAUCAUUCUCGUGUCAAGUGUGUAAGGCAACACCGGGACAUUUAUUUAUUUAUUGUCCGGACUUCAAACAAAAAACACCAGCCGAAAGACAUCAGUUGAUAAAGGAUCUCAAUCGAUGUUACUUGUGUUUCAGUGAACACAUGUCGGUGAACUGCAAGAGUACACGAGUGUGUGAGGUGUGUGCGGGACGCCAUCAUUCUUGGCUACAUUUGGACAACAAUGCAGUGGAGGACCAAUCAAAUACUUUAUUGUCCUCUGUAGGCAAUUUGCCAAUACGCUCACAAGUGCUCAUGUCUACCGUAGAAAUUCUCAUACAAGACGCCAAUGGGUGUUAUCAAAGAGCACGAGCAUUGUUAGAUUCUGCUAGUGAGAGUAGCUACAUGACCGAAAGUUGUCGACAUAGACUAGGUGUAUCGCGGCAGAAGUGUCAUUUAGCAGUUAGUGGAAUAUCUGGAGUGAAAGUACCCUCGAUAAAAGCUCGAGCGCAAGUAGUUAUUCGCCCUGUACGACACCAUGAACAGCAAAUGACAAUCGAAGCGUAUGUAGUAACACAAAUUACCGGAUGUACGCCGUCUAAACAUAUACGAGAUGCAGAUUGGGUGCAUCUAAAAGAUCUUGAACUAGCCGAUCCAAAUUUCAACGAACCAUUACCCGUAGACGUACUGCUAGGCGCCGAAGUUUUCCCCUACAUCAUACGAAGUGGGCGACGGGAAAAUUUACUAAGUGAGCCAGUUGGUAUCGAAACAGUGUUCGGUUGGGCUCUAAUGGGAAACACUGGUAACACUAAUCCUAAGAGAAGCACUACGUUAUUAACAUCUUUGGACAGUGUAGAUCUUGUGUUACGACGGUUCUGGGAAAUAGAGGAAGUACCAAAUGCGUCAAAGACGAGUCCGGCAGAAGAGGACUGUGAGCGUAUUUAUCAUUCUACGACUACACGAGAAGCAGACGGUCGAUACGUUGUACAUUUACCAUUCAAUUGCACACCGCCGCAGCUUGGAAAGUCACGACAAAUGGCCCUCAACCGGCUUUAUCGUUUAGAAUCCCGACUAGAUAAGUUGCCGCAGUUACGACAACAAUACAAUACUGCCAUGCAGGAUUAUCUCGAUAGCGGUCACAUGCAAAUAGUACCAGAAGCCACACCCGAACCGGAACAGGCUUAUUACACUCCACAUCAAGUAGUGAUUAAACCUGACAGUACUACUACAAAAGUGAGAGUUGUGUACGAUGCGUCAGCUACUACUUCGAACGGGAAGUCGUUGAAUGACAACCUUUAUCCUGGUAAAAAAUUACAACAAGACUUGCCGGGUAUAAUCAUCAGGUUCCGGGUACAUGAAGUUGUGGUUACAGCUGACAUUAAGCAAAUGUUCAGACAAAUCAUCGUUACUCCCGCACAUAGACAAUAUCAACGGCUCCUUUACCGAUUUCAAAGUUCAGAACCUAUUCAAACUUUUGAAAUGACCACUGUGACCUUUGGCCAACGAUCUUCACCAUUCUUAGCAAUAAGAACGCUACUUCAAUUGGCCAGCGACGAAGCAGGUGGCUACUCGGAUGUUCAACGAGUUCUGCGUAACGAUCUGUAUGUGGACGAUGUGGUCACUGGUGCCGACUGUGUAGAAAGUGCGCUUCAACUUCAACAAAAUCUCAUAAAAGUUCUAAAGAAUGGGCAGUUUGAACUUCGUAAAUGGUCCAGUAACUCGGCUAAGGUAUUAGACGCCUUACCCAAAGAACAUCGACAAAACCAAGACGUUGCGUUUAACGGAGGUGAAAUUGAGUUUAACAAAGUACUUGGUUUAAAGUGGGAGCCAAAUAGUGACGUAUUAACCUAUCAACACCAAACUAAUCCUAUACAGUUUAGCAAACGUCAUAUUUUAUCGGAAAUCGCGCGUAUUUACGACCCUAUUGGGCUGUUAGCGCCCGUAACCACUCAUCUCAAGAAGCUUAUGAAAUAUUUAUGGUCACUGGGAGUUGGAUGGGAUGACCCAUUGCCCCAAGACGCGAUGGAUGCUUGGAAGUGUUAUCACAAUGAAUUACCACUAAUAGGACAAGUACGAGUGCGACGACAAGUUACUUGCACCGGAUCGACCUACGAACUACAUGGAUUUUGUGACAGCUCGGAGAUUGCCUACGCCGCUGCUGUGUACAUCUUAGCUCGAAGACCAGACGGGACCAUGCAUUGUCAGCUUCUAAUGGGCAAAUCAAAAGUAGCACCCGAAAAAAAGUUGUCCAUUCCCAGAUUGGAAUUAUGCGGAGCACUACUCCUCGCUCGAGUUAUCACUUAUGUGCGUACCAACCUAACUACAUUACAGAUAAGCCACACCACUGCCGGACGAGGGCCGUUCUCCGACAAAUGA